CCCAUUGGUUCGGCUUCGGAUCCGAUUCACCUCAUCAUCUAGAGCGAUGCAAGGACUGCGUGUGACGACGACCGCGCUCCGGCGGACCUUGGCGCUGCGCCGCCUCCAAGCGACGCCGCUGCUGCAGAGAACGUUUGCAUGUGGAACAUCGGGCGCAAAGGACAAGUCGGCAAUGACACCCAAGAAGCCUCGGCCGGCCGACCAAUACGUUAACCCGUCUGGCACUGCGUUCCACCACGAUGCGCUCAAGGCCUUCUUGAGCCUGAACGAUCCAAGCGCUGAUGAAGUCAACGUGGCCAAAGACCAGAUCGCCGAUGCGCUCGAUAGCUUGCGUCCGGACAUGCUCGGCCCCGAAGCCACAGUCUUGUCGCUGGCAGCCGACAAGGUGGGCGACCCGGCGCUCGUUCUGCAGGUCUACCGCGCGCUUCGCCAGGCACGCGUCCAGCCGGCGCCGCUCGUCCUGGAAAUCUCAGCCCGGUACUGCGCCUCGGCGUCGACCGAUGCAAAUGCGUGGAACACGGCGCUCGACAUCAUUGACGAGAUGCACGACGCCGUGCAUCUCAUGGGGCCGUCCACCGACAUUUACGAGCGCGCGAUCGACACGUGCGCACAAGCCGGCAAGUGGAUCGUGGCCCUGCGUCUCCUCAACGAAAUGCGACGCUACAACCUCGAGCCGUCAGGCGAUGCGCUGCGCUUAGCCGGCCAGUGUUGCAUUGCAGCCAACGAGCUCACAGCGCUCGACAAGGUGCUGCAGAUGCUCGCGGCCGACAAGGAGUACCUCGACGUCGACGAGGUGUACGGAAAGCUAUUGUUGACGGCCGUCAAUCAAGAGAACGCUGCCAUUGCCCACCACGUCCUGCUGCACAUGCACGAGUACAAGCAGCCGACGACCAGUCUCCGUGCGGUCUCGGCGUUCUGGCGGUCGCUCACACGCCCUUCGUCGCACGCGCCUCUACUCGAGCUCACACCGGCGCACCAAGUACAGGCGAUCACGGCCUUUGCAGCCGACCAGCUUUGGAUCGAGUUGCACCAGUGGCUUCCGGUCCUCGGUUUUCCCGACUACAUGGGCGUCGACGCCUAUGCCACAUCGACGCACUACAUGAAGAUUGCAUUCCAUAUCGCGUCGUACCUCAAGUCAAGUGGCGUCGUCAUGGGCGCCACGUUCUACGAUGCACUGCUUCAAGGCUGCGGCCGGCAUCAAAUGCUCUCCGAGGCCAAGGCGCUUUUGGCCGAGCACCCAAACGUCACCAUCUCGUCCUACUACUUUGCCAUCACGGCGUGCCAGGCGCAUGCGCGGGACGCCGAAGCCCUCUUUGAUGCGUACUCGGUAGCAGGCAUCAACGCUACCGGCCGCCACAUCAAGCACCAGCACACGCACGCCGACGUCUGCGACGCGCUCAUUACGUGCUGGAGCAAGGCGCGCGAGUCGCGCAAGAUCUUGGCGUUUGCAACCGAGCUACCGGCCGAGAUGCUGCACCACGCGCGCACGAUGGGCAUGAUCAUGCAGGCCGCGCGGAGCGUCGAGGACUAUGCGACCGUCAUCGACAUCUUUCAGCAAGCCAAGGUCCACGGUGUCAAGUGCUCAGCCCACAUGUACGCCGACGCGAUGCUUGCGUACGCACGCACCGAGCGCGGCCGCAUUAGCAUGCGCCUCUACGCCCACAUGCAGCUGGAAGAGCCAAUGCUGAGCGUCCACCCUGUUGUCAUCAAUAUGCUCUUCCAGUGCGCCAAUGCCUCGCCCGAUGAUAUGAUGGACGUGGUUGUCGACGCCUUCUACAAGAUGGACCGCGCAACCAGCACGACGCCGCUGCAGUCCCAGGGCGUCAUGGCCCUCUACGACGUGUUGGCAAAGAGCAAAGCACUGCCGGCCGCCAAGGUCGCGGCCAUGCACGACGUGUGGCAAGUGGUGCUCGAAUCGCCCGCUGUCUACACGGCGCGGGACGGCUCUCGCCCACCCAACAUGCUCAACAAGGCGCUUCUGCUUGCGGUCAACGCAUUCGACGUCGACGCCGCCGAAAACCUCGUCAUCUCGGCCGAAGACGUGGGCAUGCGCUUGUCGCCGGUCACGUGCCAGCUCAUGAUGCGGCUGUACAGCCAGGCCGAGGACUUGUCGCCCUCGGCGCUGCUCAAGGACAAGCCGGCGUACCCGGACCGCUUUGAGUUUUGGUGGCGCGCCUUCCAGGACCACAACGACGCAGUCAUCAACGAACACACGCUCGGACCGCUCUUGCUGGCCCUCUUGCGAGGCAUUCCGUUUCGCGCGAUCGGCGGACGACGUCCGUUCACCGUCGACGAUGCAUGGACGCUCAUGCAGACCCACGCGAUUCCGCUCACGCGCCACAACGCCGAGUACUUGAUGCGGAUCUACGCGCUCGACGGCGGCGAUGGCUGGGACGGCGCCUGCCGCGUCAUGAACCUCAUGCACGACAGCCAUUUGCGCCACACGACCACGUCCCUCCAACACUUCGCACAGAUGGCCCUCGCGACCGGGGACAGCGCGCGCCUCAACCAGCUCGUCGAGUUUCUCGAUGCACAGGACGACGAUGCGAUCGACCUCUGGCACGCAGUCGCCGAUGUCAUUGCACAGGCCGACUUGCGGCUGCGCUUCUGGCAGGCGCACUACGACCGCUUCGCCUGUACGCUCCACGCGCGCACGCUCGCCCUCGGGCUGACCAAGUGCAAUUCGGCCGCCGAGCUCCGCGACGCAUGGCAGUGGCUUCAGCAGCGCGAGAACGCGCCGACGCUGCUGCUGCGCGCCGAACAGGCGUCUGCGCUACGGUCGCGCCUCGUCGCAUGGGGCGAAGCGCCCGACGACGCCGUGUGGGCGUCGCUGCUCGCGCGCGUCUAGGCCGCAUCAAGUCGAGUCGUUGCCAUCGUCGUCCUGCCACCGAGCCAUCAUGGCGACGCAUGGAGGCCACUGCAUCCUCUUGCGUCCUCGUCGUCGUCGUCCUCGUUCCAGCAUCGGCAAUGCGAUCCAAAGGUCAAGUUGGCAACUCUUGGGCCGGCGAUAAUACAAUGCAAACAUUUAAUUCG